ACAAUUAUUUCAGCCUCUCCAAUCGCCUCAUCUCAAAAUUUAUAGGCCCAUGGAUGACGGGCCACAAGAAAAAAAAAAAAAAAAUGCAGCCUCCCAAUCGCCUCCAUCUCUAUUCUCGUUCUCAACUCUGAAAUUGCCCUCUCUCUCUCUCUCUCUCUCUGCAACUGCAAACUACAAAAUCUACAAGAAUCUGAAGUUCAAAACCCGCCUCCAUCUCUAAUCUCGUUCUCAACUCUGAACUUGCCCUCUCUCUCUCUGUGCAACUCUGCAACUGCAAACUACAAAAUCUACAAGAAUCAGAAGUUCAAAACCCUUAUAUUUCAGUUUAUCUAUCUGUCUGCAAGAAUCAAAAGUUCAAAACCUAUUACCUAUAUCAAAACCCAUAUCGGCAUAUAUUUCAGAUUGUUCAAAAAAUCAAAACCCAUAUCUUUCAGUUUCCAUCGCCCGCUGUUCCAGUUCGGGUUCGCCGUUCGCAAGCUUCAACCGCCGUCUCUCAACUCUCGAGCUUGCCCGCCUCUCUCUCUGCAACUGCUAACUUUGUAAUCUUGAUUUUGUGUAAUAGGGUUUUAAAGUCGCCAUGUCAAUAAUACCACAAGAGCUCUACCCAAGUCAAGACGACCUCCUCUACGAAGAAGAGCUCCUCCGAAAUCCAUUCAGCUUGAAACUAUGGUGGCGCUACCUAAUUGCUCGAACCGACGCAAAUUUCAAGAAACGUCGCACGAUCUACGAGCGAGCCCUCAAAGCCCUCCCUGGAAGCUACAAGCUCUGGUACGCUUAUCUCCGCGAACGCCUCGAACUCGUUCGCAACCUACCCAUCACACACUCACAGUAUCAAACACUCAACAACACCUUUGAAAGAGCUCUGGUCACAAUGCACAAGAUGCCUCGCAUUUGGAUCAUGUAUUUACAAACCCAAACCCAUCAGAAGUUCGUCACUCGCACUCGCCGCACUUUCGAUCGUGCUCUGUGUGCGCGGCCUGUGACCCAACACGAUCGAAUUUGGGAACCGUAUUUAGUAUUUGUCAGCCAAAAGGGUGUCCCAAUCGAGACCUCACUUAGGGUUUACCGAAGAUAUUUGAAAUAUGAUCCAUCACAUAUUGAAGAUUUCAUAGAAUUUUUGGUGAAUUCGUGUCUUUGGCAAGAGGCGUCUGAGAGAUUAGCUGGGGUUUUGAAUGAUGACCGGUUUUAUUCCAUAAAAGGAAAAACGAAACACAGGUUGUGGCUUGAGCUUUGUGAUUUGCUCACUCAGCAUGCCAAGGAAGUCUCAGGCUUGAAUGUGGAUGCCAUAAUUCGCGGAGGAAUUAAGAAGUUCACGGAUGAGGUUGGGCGGCUUUGGACUUCACUUGCAGAUUACUAUAUUAGGAGGAACUUGGUAGAGAAGGCAAGGGAUAUAUUGGAGGAAGGCAUGACUACAGUGGUUACAGUAAGGGAUUUUAGUGUGAUUUUUGAUGCAUACUCACAGUUUGAAGAGAGUAUGCUUGCUUUGAAGAUGGAUGAAAUGAGUGAGAGUGAGGAGGACAAUGAUGGUGAAAAAAGUUCUGUUGAGGAUGACGAUGAAGAUGACCGUUUCAAUGUGCCCAAGCUUGAAGAGAAGCUUAAAAGAUUCUGGUUGUGUGAUGACAAAGAUGUCGACUUGAGGUUGGCAAGAUUGGAACAUCUCAUGAAUAGGAGGCCAGAACUGGCUAAUAGUGUCCUUCUUCGACAAAACCCACAUAAUGUGGAACAGUGGCACCGGCGAGUAAAGCUUUUCGAGGGUAAUCCUACAAGGCAAAUUCUGACCUACACCGAGGCAGUGAGGACUGUUGAUCCCAUGAAAGCUGUGGGGAAGCCUCAUACUCUGUGGGUUUCUUUUGCUAAGUUAUAUGAAAGCCACAAAGAUAUUGUCAAUGCAAGAGUUAUUUUUGAUAAGGCUGUACAAGUCAACUACAAAACGGUGGAUAAUCUGGCUAGUAUUUGGUGUGAAUGGGCAGAGAUAGAACUGAAGCACAAGAAUUUUAAGGGGGCACUGGAGCUUAUGAGACGAGCCACGGCAGAGCCAUCAGUAGAGGUCAAAAGGAGAGUGGCUGCUGAUGGCAAUGAACCAGUGCAGAUAAAGCUGCACAGGUCCUUGAGGCUUUGGACAUUCUAUGUUGAUUUGGAGGAAAGCCUUGGUAAUUUGGAGUCAACUCGAGCAGUUUAUGAGCGGAUAUUGGAUCUAAGAAUAGCCACACCACAAAUUAUAAUUAAUUAUGCUAUGCUUUUGGAGGAACAUAAAUACUUUGAGGAUGCCUUCAAGGUAUAUGAACGAGGCGUCAAGAUUUUUAAAUAUCCGCAUGUAAAGGACAUAUGGGUCACAUAUCUUUCCAAGUUUGUCAAAAGAUAUGGGAAAUCAAAAUUGGAACGCGCGAGGGAGUUGUUUGAGCAUGCUGUUGAAAUGGCCCCUGCUGAAGCUGUGAAGCCGUUGUACCUACAAUAUGCUAAACUAGAGGAGGACUACGGUCUAGCAAAGCGAGCCAUGAAGGUUUAUGAUCAAGCUACAAAGGCUGUCCCAGCCACUGAAAAGUUAAGCAUGUAUGAGAUUUACAUAGCUCGUGCUGCUGAGAUUUUCGGGGUUCCAAAAACAAGGGAGAUAUAUGAGCAAGCCAUAGAAUCUGGUCUUCCUGAGAAAGAUGUGAAGACCAUGUGCAUGAGAUAUGCUGAGCUGGAAAAGAGCCUUGGAGAAAUUGAUCGUGCUCGUGCAGUAUAUGUAUAUGCAUCUCAGUUUGCAGAUCCACGAUCUGAUCCUGAUAUCUGGAACAAAUGGCACGAGUUUGAGGUGCAGCAUGGAAAUGAAGACACCUUCCGUGAAAUGCUUCGAAUUAAACGGAGUGUUUCUGCGAGCUAUAGCCAGACACACUUCAUUCUUCCUGAGUAUUUGAUGCAAAAGGAUGGCAAGCAAAAUGUUGACGAAGCGAUGGACACAUUGAAAAAGGCUGGGGUUCCUGAAGAUGAAAUGGCUGCUCUAGAGCGGCAUUUGGCGCCUUCAGCCAAUAAUAACAGUAAGCCAACUACUACUGGAGAUGGUGGCAGGAAAGUUGGGUUUGUGAGUGCUGGAGUGGAAUCUCAGACUGCAGCAAAUCAGGAGGAUAUUGAGCUGCCAGAGGAAAGUGAGUCGGAUGAUGAAACAGUUGAGAUUUCACAAAAAGAUGUCCCUGAAGCAGUUUUCGGUGGCUUGGUCCGGAGUAGGGAGGAGGCUGAGGAGGAUGGAGAGGGAGAUGAUACUGCUGAUGCCAAGGAUGGUGAUGGCCCUCUCGGUGCCCUUGAGAGAAUUAAAAGGCAGAGACGAGGCUAACAAUUAUCAUGUAAAAACAUCUUUGUUCAUUUGAUGAAACAUCACUAAGGGCCUUGUGGCCAAGUGGUAUAUUCUUUAUCUCUCAGUGCAGAUGGUGAGAUUCAAGUCUCCAAAUAAAAAGUGUGCCUGCGGUGUAUGUACAGUUUCUAGUCAAUGAUUCAUUGCUUGGAGAUUAAUCAGGUUAUACAUGAUAAUUUAUGUUUUGACAA